CGAAGGACGCUUCCUUGUUUCAUCACAAAACAUUUCCUUGGGAUUAGACCUUUUAGGAUACCCGCCAUGUUAUCCCUCUCUCCCCAGUGUUCACAUCUCUUUUCCACCUUGGGUUGGCAAGAAGAGGACAACAUCGGCCAUGUGCUCAACUGCGAGGAAGCCUUUGCAAGCCACACCCCAAAGGAAACAGACGCAUCCUACCAAUCUCUUGGCCUUUCCCCCACUCAGCCAGAGUUUGAGCUUGAUGACCUCCAAACCUCCACUCUUUCCAUCAGAGACCCCUCAAACCCCACCAGGAAGCUGAGCCACAAUGCCUACGAACGCGACCGAAGGAAGAAACUCAAUAGCUUGUACUCCUCCCUCCGAUCUCUACUUCCAGAGACGGAUCAAAGCAAGAAGCUGAGCAUUCCAUCGACAGUUUCCCGUGUUCUAAAGUACAUUCCUGAGCUACAAAGACAGGUUGAGAACCUAACACGGAGAAAGGAAGAGAACUUAUUGAUGGUGUCGAGGCAAGAAGAACAUGCCUAUAAUAGUGGCAUAAUCUAUCCUAUUGUUUCAGCAACCUGUCUUAACAACAAAGAAGUCAUGCUCCAGAUCUGUUUCUUGCAUAAAGAUGUCAGGCUUCCUUUCUCUAAGGUUCUAAGAGUUUUGGAAGGAGAGGGUCUUCAGCUCAUGAAUGCCUCCACUCUCACCACCCAUGCUGACAAGACCUUCUACAGUCUCCAUCUUCAGGCAAGCGAAUCCGGGAGCAUAGAGUGUCAGAUCUUCUGCGAACAUCUCAUCAAAACUAUAAGGGAGCAAGCAAGACUUGGUUCCAUCAGACAGUGUAUGUAACUAAGAACCGGAGGGAAAUUCUCUGAUAAAUAUUUACAUGAGAUUAGAAAAACUCUUGAGUGUUGCAGGCUUGUAAAUAGGUUUAUCCCUCUUAAAGAAGUCUAAUAGUUUAUGGCCUAUGCAAAUUUCUUGUUGUAAUAGGCACAAGCAAUAUGAUUUGGUGCUUUGUUUGUGUGCAAUCUUUCUCAGAAAUGGUUUAUAUGUGACUUGCCCCUGAUCAAGAUUUUAUGAAGAGAAGAAGAUCAUGACAAAGUGA